UAACACUGACGUCGGUAGCGAUGUUUAUAACCAAAUAAACAAAUACAGUGGUUUACAGAUAGCAGGAGACCGAAUCAGUCUGAAAGAUGACUAAUCGGCCUUAAAAACAACCACUCAUACUACCGUUUUCUAUUUUUGUCCUGAUGAAUAGCCUUUAUCUGAUCUCUACAGUGAUUCACUAGAGCUAAUAAAGUCUGAGGAAGUAAAUUGAGGAAACGCUAAUGAGGAAAUUCUUCAACAAAGACAUUCUGAGAAUAAUUUUUAAAUUCUCCAUCAAGGUAAACUGGACGUGAAGGAUUCCGUGACUAAAAAUGUAUUAAUAUUUAAUAAGGUAAUCGCUGAGGCAGUUUGUGAUUGGUUGUCUGUUGCUAAACAACUCGGUGAUGCAUUUUAUCAACGAAGUCGUUUACUGUACACCUUUAGCAUCUUAAUUCGGUGAUAAAUUAGUCUAUGACCAAAGAUUAAAAUUGGCGCGGUUUUAACCCGGGAUUUAAAAAGACGUUAUCACAGGGUUAUAAAAACUCUUCUUUAAAUAGUUUAACGCAAAAAUAAAGUGAUACCUGCAUCACCUGAGCGUUGGGUACACAGUGUACGUCAUGCGUGAGGGGCGGGGCUUGUGAGAACUCCCAAACAGUUACACACUGGAGCCAGAGCGACGCACGGCAAACAUCAAGCGGGCUCGAACGAACGAAGCGUAACUUUUCGUCCCGGUUGAACCUGGACUUUAACUGAGAGAAUGUCUUUGGGUGACCAGCAGUGGUAUCCCACUAGCGUUCAGGUAACGGUGCUCAAAGCGCGAAACCUGCGGAUCAAGGGCAAAAAUGGCACGAACGACGCUUAUGCCAUCAUGCAGGUGGGCAAGGACAAGUUUUCCACCUCGGUAGCGGAGAAAUGCGUCUCGCCCGAAUGGAAGGAGGAAGCGACGUUCGAUCUGCCGCUGAUCCAUCAGGGGAACGCGGAGCGAUGCACACUGUACAUCAUCGCCAUGCACCGAGCCCUGGUGGGGCUGGACAAGUUUUUGGGACAGGCUGUCAUCAACUUACUGGACCUCCACGCCAACAGAUCACGGAAAAAGACCGACUGGUACAAGUUGGUGGAUAAGAAUGGGAAACAGGAGAAGGACAGAGGGGAAGUUCUUUUGGACAUUCAGUUCAUGCGGAAUAACCUGACAGCCAGCAUGUUUGACCUCUCCAUGACAGACAAGCCACGCUCCGGCAUCGGCAAGCUCAAGGAUAAAAUUCGCGGUAAGAAGAAAGACGGCAUGUCGGAUUCUGUCUCUGCGAUCGUGCCAUCUUCAGUGGUAACAGACAGUGAAGAGGAAGGAGAGGGCGGUUCAGACAAUCCUAAGAAGAAAUCAAAACUCAAAUCCUUGUUUGGACCAAAGACAAACCUCCAAAGGAAUGUGUCCCAGUCCAUGUCAACCCUGGGCACCCUGCCUGAGAAGAACAGUUCACUCAGCAGCAGCAGAUCAUCUGGCCUUAAUGUGGACUCACCUGAUGUGAAAAAGAAGUUUAAAAUUCUGGGACACAAGCGCACUGAGAGCUCAGAUAGCAAAGUGUCUCUUGGCCCCUUUUCUCUUUUGAGCCGCUCUAAACAAAACAUCCAGGAGCAGAACAACCUCUGUAUCAACGGCAGCCACGUUUAUGCAGAGGACCAAGAACCUAAAGCGAAUUUUGGCUCCACACUCAGUCUGAACAGCUCAGGAAAGGGUUCGGUAGAAGAUGUUCGUAAAUACCACAAGCGAAAUACCUCUGACAUCUCCGUCGACUCACUCAAAGGCCUGAGUAUCCCCUCAUACAAGCCUGAAGUGCAAGACAAAGCUUCUCUUGUCCCACAGCGCCCUCUAGAGGAAAGGAGUCAUGUAGAAGUGGAGGAUAGAGGUAGGAAAUCUGAAGGAAGAAGCCUGCAAGAGAUGCUGGACCGACAGGAAGAGCAAGAGCAGAGGAAGCAGCAAGAACGAGAGAGAAAACUGGAGGAAGAGAGGAAAAGCAGACUUGAAGAGCAGGAGAGGAAACGCAAGGAAGAGGAAGAGCUGCAGAGGAAGCGGCGUGAGGAGGAGACGCAGCGAGCCGAGGAGCAGCGACACCAGGAGGAGAGCAGAGUAACCGAACGGCUCUCUUCUCUCUUUGGCAUUGGAAAGAAGAAGGAGGAGAAGAGAGAGGAAGCUAUGAAUGAACCUAAACGUCUGAAUGUGCCAUCUUCCACAAACCCAUUUGAAGACAUUCCUCUCACCCCGGAGACUCCAUCCUCUGUUCCAGAAGAGAGAUCCACGGACCUACAGAGGGGCGUCAGGACCACACUCACCCCGACGCCUCCCACUAGUGCUUUCCCCAGUCGCACAGCGAAAGUGUCUGCAGUCAAGCCAAGAUUGACUCUGAGUGUACUGCCUGAAACAGAUAAUAGCCAUUCCCAAUCCCCCUCAGACUCUGUAGACACCCAGAGCACUAUCCACGCUCCUCCACUUUCCCCAUCCCUUUCUACUGAUCCGUUUGAGUCUUUUGGUAUGUUUUCUGAUCUUCAUUCUUCUCUGGCACCUGCUAAACCUCCGAGAACUUUCAGUGAGUUAAGUGAAUCCAGCAUGGAAGACCUCUCAGCUCCCAAAUCUGACACAAAGCGAAAGGCUCCUCUACCCCCGGGAUAUCCUGGGGGCUUGUCUAAGACCGAAAGACAUUCUGAUAAUGGGGGACAAGCCCAUACUCAGAACUCCAAAGAUAGACCUUCUCUUCCUCUCCCAGACUAUGAAUCCCUCUAUCCUAAGAAGAGGCAUGGAGUAGUGGGUCAGACACGCUGGGAUCAUCUUAUCGCAGAGGUAAACCAGAGAAACUGGGAUUUCUCGGAAGAAGUUAAUGUAGAUGGACCUGAGAGGUCGAUGACGGUCUUAAAGGACAGAACCUCUGUGAACCUUAACCAGCACCAAAGAAAUUACGAGGCACCUCCCCCUGCCCCUGUGAGGCAUAAAGAAGCACUCAUUCCACGCAAAGGUCAAGCUCCUGCACCACCAGAACCAUCGGUUGAGACUAAUGUCCAACAUGGGCAUAUCAAAGAGUCUUUAUAUGCCACUGUCAACAAGCCUAGUAACUCUGCUCCCAAGAACUUGGAAAACAGUCCACCUCCCGCUGUCCAUAGUCGACGUGUACCUCAGGAGAUGGAAGGGAAGACUGAUGCCAUUACGGAAAUAGAAAAGCCUACGCCAGCUGCAAGAUCCGUACAAAAUCUACAUUCAAAGACUGAUGAUGUGGCUAAAGAGAUGCCUUCAGUCAAACCCAGACAACAGUCAUUAGUCAAGGACCCAGUCAGACAAGUUCAACCAGACAAGCAGGUAACCAAUCAACCCAUGACAUCAGAAAACAACAAAACUGAGAAACAACACAAGGGCCAAAAGGGAAGCAUUUCCACAGAUGGGUUUGUUGAAGUAGACCUCAGAACUGCUGGAAAACUUGACCCAUUCCCAAGCGAUAACCUAAUAUCUAACGAUCCCUGGGCUUUACCACAGCAGAAUGAAGAUGACCUGUUCACUAGGGGCUCAAAACAAAUGGGAAAUCAUAAAGAUCAGACAUCAACUGUUAAUAAGAAAGAUAAGUCUGCAAACAAAGGAACAAAUGAUCCAUUCACAAAUCUUUCAGAGAAAAGCGCGUCACCGAAAUCAGAGCAUGGAAAACAAUCGCCCAGCUUCACUGAACAAGCCAGAGCCACAUUUCAAAGAAAUUUUUCACUUAGAAAGAAAAAUUCAUCUUGCCAAUAUCCAACUACUCCAAAAUCUGAUACAGAGAAUACAAGCCUGGCUAGAUCAGUUUCUCAGUCUUCACAAGAUGCUGACGAUGUUGAGCUGACUGUAACCAGUGUUGCUCCACCAAGCAGAUCUGAUCCCACAAUGGUAACAUCUGAAUCCCUCAUUGGGGGCAAGACUACUCUUCGUGCUUGGGUCUCGCCAUCAGAGGCCCAGCCGGUUGCUUUGCAGAAUGGUAGUGGAAGUGCAGUUUCUAAUUCAAGAAGGCCUCACCCAGUGAAACCCAUGAGCACCGAGAGCCAGUCUUCCAGUGUUAUCGCUGUGGGAAAAGACCCGAAGACUAUCACCAUCAAGGAAAUGGCUGAGAAGUCAAAGAAUACAGAUAGCGGUCCGUACACUCAGCUCACACAGGAGGAACUCAUCACACUGGUGGUAAAGCAACAGACCGAACUCUCCAAGAAAGACGCCAGGAUCACGGAGUUGGAGGACUACAUCGAUAACCUACUAGUUCGAGUCAUGGAGGAGAAACCAGCCAUCCUGCUUUCACUUAAUUCCAAGUGUUAGGGUUUGAUCCUAACAUUCGCUUCAACCGAGCCCAGAUCACAACAAUGAGACACUUUAAUAUUGUGGGAUUUGUUUGAUACAGCCAAGAAGGAUUUUGAAUGCAAUAUCACAUCUCAUAAUCAGUUUAAUUGCUUGAGUAUUUGACGCAUGUAGAGUUGCAGGCAUAUGCGCAUUCUGAUUUCACCACCAGAAUCGUACAAAUAACUUAUUUUUACAGCGUGGAUAUGUCAGAAGUCUGCAGCCUGUCAGAUCGCCCGUUAAUAACUGGAUGCUGGGCUGUUGUUUUUGUUUUGUUGGUUUUUCCCUCAUUAAAUCAUGGUACAAGCUUCUUUUGAAAAGCUUCCCAACAACAAACACAUCCUAUUUAUUGAUCUUCUCAGUUUUCUGCAUCUUUCCAUUUAAGAGAGGGCUUCCUAAUGCAUUAUUUAUUGCAGUCUUAAGCUUGUAUUUGAAGACUUUCCUUAUUCCUGAAGUGAUUUGUUUAGAUCUCGACUGCUGCCUU